UCCCCCCGGCCUUCCCCCCGGCCUUCCCUCCGGCCGUCAUGGCCCAGCCCGGGACCAGCGGUGACGCCCACCGGGACCUCGUGGUCAAGUUCAUCGGCUACAAGCUGGCCCAGCGAGGCUACCACUGGGAACCCAGCGGAGGGUCGGCGGCCCCGGCCCCCGCCCCCCGCCUCCGGCCGCCGCCCCCCGCCGUCCACCUGGCCCUGCGCCGGGCCGGGGACCACUUCUCCCGACGCUACCGGAGGGACUUCGCCGACAUGUCCGGCCAGCUGCACCUGACCCCCUCCACCGCCCGGGCCCGCUUCGCCGCCGUGGUGGACGAGCUCUUCCGCGACGGGGUCAACUGGGGCCGCAUCGUGGCCUUCUUCGAGUUCGGGGGGGCCCUGUGCGUGGAGAGCGUCCAUCGGGAGAUGGCCUCCCCGGUGGACGGCAUCGCCCAGUGGAUGACGGACUACCUCGGCCGACGGCUGCACCCCUGGAUCCAGGAGCACGGAGGCUGGGACGCCUUUGUGGAGCUGUACGGAGAGCCGGCGCGGCCGAGGCUGGAUCUCUCGUGGUUUUCUCUCAAGACCCUGCUCAGCCUGGUUGUGGUGGGGGCCUGCAUCACCUUGGGGGCUUACUUCGGGCACAAGUGAGACCGCCACGGGCUAGGGCGCGGACUGCCCAGCCCUGACCAAACUGCUAAAGCGGCCCUUUUGCGAGGCACAGAAUGGACAUUCGUGGGCCUGGUAUGAGGAGAACACACUGCCCGCCUAAAAUGUCAGCUACUUCCGGCCAAGAGGAAAUGUCACCUGUUUUCACACGGUGAAGUAAGAGAUUUAUUUAUUUAAGGCAUUUACGUUACACCUUCUGACUUCUGACACUCUGCUGCUUGUGGCAAAUGCCACUCAAUAGAGCUUCCUAUGGAAUCCCUUGGGCCUGCCCUGCUGCGGAGACCACACCUCCCAGAUCCCCUGUGUUCACGCCCGCCGGCGGGACCGCACGCCUCUAAGAAAGCUUCCGUUCCUGUAUCCACUGGCAGGACCGCAUCUCGGAAGCCCCUGUGCCCGCGCCUGCUGGCAGAAUCGCACUUCCAAAAUCCCCGCCUCCGCACCCGUUGGCGGGACCACACUUCCAGAAUCCCUGUGCCGGCACCCGCUGGUAGGACCGCAUCUCAGAGAUCCCUGUGCCUACACCCCCUGGAGGGUCCUUAUCUCGAAAACCCUUGUGCAAAUGCCCACAGGUGGGACCGUACCUCAGAAAUCCUUAUCUUCCCCCCGCCGCGCCCCAACAGGACCACACCUUAGAAGAGCCAGCACCCAGUUUGCCUGCCUGCCCCCAGCUUGGGAAGAUGCUGUUCCUUUUACUCCUAUCCUCUUGCCCCGAGGAUUCGGAUCGUUAGAGAGACAGAACCCCAGUUGGAAGACGGCCAUUUCCUUCCAGGAGAGAAGCCAAGCACUUGGUCUAUUCAGCACGGAGGGCGGCUUGUCCCCUCGCACCUAGAGAACAGCAUGGCCGGUGGGGCCGACCCGGCCAGGACUCUCCCCGGGGGCAGAGGGAGAGACGGGUUUCUAGCGUUCCUAUUUUUUUAAGCUAUAUUUUUUUAAGCUAACCCAAGGGUAAGGUAGCUAACAGCCAAUCGAUCCCAUUGUCCUGAAGGCAGAAAGAAAUCGAUCGUUAGGGAGACUGCUUGAUUCAGACGUGCAAAUGCCCAGCUAUGGACCAGCCGGCACGGCCGGAGCCUUGGGGGAGCGGGGUCGGAAGCCUUAUUCACGCUGGGAAGGUGGUGGAUGGUCUGAGAAUCCUUCAUCACCGGUAUAGGCCCAGAAGGAGGAGGCAGCAGGGCCCGCCUCCUCAAGGGAAGACGCGCCGGCCAAUUCGGCCUGUCGCGCAUCCCGGCCGGCACGUCGCAGCCAGCGGCCCUGCCUCGCCACGAGGCCAGAGCAGCCUCUCGGCCUCGUCGUCGCCACCUCGAGAUCCUUUCCAGUCACAGGACGUGCCAAACCCGGAAGCUGUACAGCUACAAACUCCCCGACAAGGAAGAGGCUGCAGCCCAGCGUGACGGGCUCCUCUGUGCUUGUUUCAGUCAUGUAAACUGGCGUCCGGUCAUUUUCAAAUCGCAAGUGGAGCUUUGGAACUAGGAGUUUCUCACGGAGGCCAUUUCUUAAAGACUGUCAACUGGAGAUAGAAACAGCUGUGGAUGCCACCAUCCAUCCUCGCCACCAUCCAUCCCGGUGUCCCUCCCGUCCUACCACCUCUCUGUGCGCCCCACCGUCCGUCCGCCAUCUGCCCCACCGCCUGACCCUCAGUCCCUCGACCGCCCAGCCUUCCUGGCGCCCCUCUGCCUGACCAUCCAAUCCACCUUCCGUCCCCAUGCCUCACCGCCUGCCCGCCCACCCGUCCGUCCGUGCGCCCCACCUCUCAUUGGGCAGCUGCUCGACCGUGGCCCAACCAAAGGAACACGCCACCGGGCCUGUGCCCGGAACCGGAGCGGAAGAGGGUGACCCGCUAACCCAUUUAGGUCAGAGAUUGGCCCCAGGAACCCAUGCCUCCGGCACCGCCCCCUCAGCGGGGACGGGGUUGGGGAUUCGGCCGGAGUGGCGGGUUGGGUCGGAGCGGGGUCGCGGGGGCCGUGCACACCCAGCCUGACGGGUGUCCAGCAGGAGGGACGGCCGAUCGUCCGCAGACGUCCCCGCUGCCCUUCUCGUGGCUGCCUUGUGCCCAAGGACCUGGUUCCAGCCGGACGGUCCGGGAAUCAGUGGGCAUCCUGCAGCCACGGCCCCCAGACUGGCCGAGACACCAGAAAGGGGACAGUGAGUCAGUUAAUCAAUCAGUGGUAUUUAUUGAGCGCUUACUGUGUGCGGAGCACUGUACUAAGCACUUAGGAGAGUAUAGUACAGAAGAGUAGGUAGACACGAUCCCUGCCCACAAGAGAGCUAGAUACCUGCUAUCGAGAAGCACGUGGCGCAGUGGAAAGAGCACGGGCUUUGGAGUCAGGGCUCAUGAGUUCGAAUCCCAGCUCUGCCACUUGU